AUGCCCCCCGAUCAACAAUCCGUGGUGGUGCAGAAGGAGAGGAAAUGGGUACGCGUCAUAUAUGGCUUGCCUCUUCUCCUCGGCGUCUUCGGCGCCCAGAAGACAAUGGGCGUAGUGGUUGGCCAGCUAUCCCCAACUCUUAUGGCCUCAGUGAAAUCCGGGACCAUCGUCCUAGGAAACGGAGAGGUAGCCCCUCUUGUCAGGACCUUCUUUAACAUCAAGGGGCUUGAUACCUUCUUGUCCAUUCUGGUUACCUUUUUUACACCGAUUCUCGGAGAUUUUGACCCUAUGGCGAAGCUCCAAGCAGUUGCAUUCGGGGCAGAUCUGGUACCGUUCCAAGUUGUCUGGUACAUUGAAGGCAUUCGACGGGGAAAUGCCUAUACUGUUGCCCACCUACUUCCAACCGUCCUGGGGAUUUUAUAUCAAGCCAAAGGCCUGGGCUUCAUCGCACCUAUAUAUUUCUUCCUUCACUAUAUCCAAUCUCCACUAGAGAAUUACCAGCCAGCCGAAAACCGGUUGACCAAUAUGAGAGCUGUGAAGACCAUUAUUCCAACCAUCGUCCUCACGUUUCUGCUGCCUACCAUUGUCAUGAUGGCUGCACCUCAACUCGAAGGUCGCCAAUGGGUCAAUGGCCUCUUCUGGCAAUUAUUCCCGCUAUAUGGAGCCAUCUGCCAGCGUGCUCUAGGGCUUUUAGUCAAUGAUACUACGGAGGUCGAUCGCAUCUCAAGUCCCGAAGCAGACAUGCCAUACCUUCGCUUGGCCUACGGCUUAUCUGCAGGAUUUGCUGCGUGUGCAAAUCUAUACGUACGCUUCGCUUCUCCGUUCCCACUCAUGGACAUCUUUUUCAAAGAUAUUGCAAAUCCUUCAGCUCCAGCGACCUUGAUGCAAGGAGCGGCUAGAUUUUUGAGAUACGAUCACAUUAUUGCGCUCGGCGCUGGCACUAUCUGGGUCAUGCUGAGUUUGGGCGAUUUGAAGAGCGCUGGCAGACUCCAGGCUGGGUGGGCGAAGAUUAUAGGGGCUUUUGGUGCGAUAGCUCUUGUUGGGGGUCCUGGGUCUGCCAUGGUGGCUAUGUGGGCUUGGAGAGAAGAGAUCCUUGCCAAGAGAAAGCCAGUACCUGUUGGAAAGAUAGAGUAG